GGGAAUCGGGAAGAGAGGGACACCAAAUAAACAAACAACCGCGCCAAAAAAUAAAUAGUGAAACCGAUAAAACGUCAUCGAAACUUCCUCUUCUUUUCCCCCCAUUUUGCACUUCGUCUUCAACAUAAACACCGUCCGGCGUCCGCCAUUUCCAGAAAACCAGAAAAGGAGGAGAGAGAAAAAGAGGAGAGAGAAAGAAAGAGUUUAGAAAUGGAGGGUAGUAGAGAGACAAUUGCGCGAGCAGAGAAGUUGGUGGAAGAACACAUGAGUGGCAACGACGCUUCCCACGAUGCUGCUCACAUCUUUCGUGUUCGCGACUUGUCACUAUCUCUUGCCGCCGAAGAAGGCCUCUCUUCUUCCCCCGAUUCCAUGUUUACAGUGGAACUUGCUGCACUGUUACAUGACAUAGGAGAUUACAAGUAUGCUAGAGAUCCUGCUGAGGAAAAUUUAAUUGAGGAAUUUCUUGAGAAGGAAGGCGUAGAGGAGAGCAAGAAGAACACGAUAGUGGGCAUCAUAAAAAGAAUGGGAUUCAAAGAGGAACUUGCAGGACAUAAUGAUCAGGAAUGCUCUUUGGAAUUUGGGGUGGUACAAGAUGCAGAUCGUCUUGAUGCUAUUGGUGCUAUUGGUAUUGCUCGUUGCUUCACAUUUGGAGGAAGUAGGAACAGGGUGCUGCAUGAUCCUGCAAUUAAGCCGCGAGGUACAAUGUCAAAAGAGGAGUACAUGAACAAAAAUCAGCAGACUACAGUGAAUCAUUUCCAUGAGAAGCUUUUGAAACUGAAGGAUUUGAUGAAAACACAGGCUGGGCGGAGGAGGGCAGAGAAAAGGCACAAGUUCAUGGAAGAAUACUUAGAAGAAUUCUACCUAGAAUGGAACGGGAGAGCUUGAGUAGACGGUAACCAAUAAUUGAGUCUUGUAACAGAAUGUCACGAUGUAUGAUUUUCAUGUUUAUGUACAUGACUGUUGAACAAAGCAUGGUGUUAUAAUGAAGUGUGAUUGUGUUGACAUAGAUGCAUUAUGUAAACUACAUUCAACUUCAUGCUUAUUCUUCUGCCGAUGAGCAGGAUGUCACUUCUGACGAUCUACUAUAAGCUUUUAUUUUCUUGGCA